UCCCUCAUUCUUGUUCACAAAACUAACUAAUAAUGGCACUGCCAGCACCAGUACUGGAGCAUGCACAUCAUACAACAGCAACAAAGCAAUCCUCCUUCAUUCUUUCAAACUCGUCAUCCAAGGUUAUUGAUCCUCCGGUAGCUCAUCAACGCCGACUAGCUCAAUACCAUCCUACCAUCUGGGGUCCCAAGCUCAUCGAUUCCUUCUCCACUCGCUACACUCAUGAAUCAUAUGCCUCAAAAUUGGAGGGUCUGAAGCAGAAUGUUUCCGAAGAUUUGCAUGUAUUGAGUACCAAAGCUAAAGGCGAUGCUUGCUUGACCUUAAAGCUCAUAGACUCGAUGCAGCGGUUAGGAGUAGCAUAUCACUUCGAAAAGAAGAUCAAAGCGGCUAUAGUUACUCUUGUUUCUUCCAGUACUGCUAGUACCACAACAGAUCUGCAAACAGUUGCUUUGCAAUUUCGAAUUCUAAGACAAUAUGGCAUUUCAAUUAGCUCAGAUUUGUUUAACCAGUUUAGAAAUUGCGAAGGAAGCUUCAAAGAUAGCUUAAGCAAUGACGUGGAGGGACUUUUGAGUUUGUAUGAGGCCUCACACCUUGGAAUGCCAGGAGAAGAUGUUCUAGAGGAAGCCAAGAGAUUUAGUUCGAAAAACUUGAAACAAUCCAUGGCAACACUGAAAGACGAUAAUCUACUCAAGCGAGUAGCGCAAUCACUGCAGACCCCUUUACACUGGAGGAUGCCGAGAAUAGAAGCUCUGAACUUCAUUACUAUGUACCAAAGGGAAGAUUCUAAGAACCUGCAGGCGCUGCUGGAGUUGGCCAAAUUGGACUACAAUCUUGUUCAAUCAGUCCAUCAGAUGGAGAUAAAGGAGCUUUCAAGGUGGUGGAGAGAGUUGGAUUUAAAAUCAAAGGCAAGUUUCUCAAGGGAUAGACUAAUGGAGAACUACAUGUGGGCAAUGGGGAUUUGUUAUGAUCCCCAAUUCCCGCAAUGCAGAAUAGGCCUCACCAAGUUUGUGUGCAUAUUAACAGUUAUUGAUGACAUGUAUGAUGUAUACGGAUUCCUGGAUGAACUCGAGCGCUUUACAGAUGCAGUAACUCAAUGGACUAUGGAAGCAAAGGAGGAACUUCCUGAGUACAUGAAGCCAAUCUAUAUUGCCAUGCUCGAGUUUGGCAAUGAUUUGGCUGACAACAUAUUCAAAAACACUGGUUUAAACACCCUCCCUUAUAUUAAGAACGAGUGGAUUAAUCUUUGUAAAGCCUAUAUCGUGGAAGCACGGUGGUUCUAUGGCGGAUACACGCCAACUCUGGAAGAGUAUUUGAAGAAUGCAUGGACUUCAGUGGGUGGUCCGGGAGCAAUGCUCCAUGCUUAUUUGUUAACGCAAGGAUCCCAACUAACAGAAGCUUCACUUGAGUCCUUUAACCAUGGCUCUCAAAUGAUAUACUGGGCAUCCAUCAUAACACGACUCACCGACGAUUUGGGUACUUCCAAGGCUGAGAGGGAGAGAGGCGAUGUUGCGAAAUCUAUUCAGUGUUACAUGGACGAGAAAGGCGCAUCGGAAGAAGAAGCAUGCGAUUACAUAAAGGGUUUGAUCUGCCAUUCAUGGAAGAAAAUAAACCAAGAGAGUGCCAAAACAACCAUACCAAGGUCAAUCGUAAACCUAUCACAAAAUAUGGCUCGGGCUGCUCACUGCAUUUUUGAACUUGGCGAUGGCAUUGGGAACUCAAUUGGGGUGACUAAGGAUCGUUUGGUCUCUUUGAUUGCAAAUCCUAUCCCCCUCGAUGAUUGAUCAUGACACAAGGAAUCGUUUAACCUGUAAUAAACGCACAACAUGCAAGUCUUAUCUAUGUAUCUAUUAUUGUGUGUGUGAUGAAUCACUAUUCAAAUGAAAAUAAUUGAUCGACUAUAUAUAGUACUGCUCAUUCA